UAAUGGAAGUCCUGAAUCCUAAAUUUCAUGAACAGUAUAGCUGCAUCAGACUGAAACUAUGUGUUGUUUAUCUGCCUUACAUGGUAUUUGGAGUAUCUAGUAUUGUUUAUUUGAAGCUGCGUUUUUUCCUAAGGAAGGAAGGAAGGUACCAUGAUACACCAGAGCGUUCAAUUUGCUGUGGAUUCGGUUGUGCAAUGGGUAGAAUCAUUUCUCUUCUGGUGUUUUCAGCUGCCUUCAUAUUGCUUAAUGGAUAUGAAGCCUCAGUGUUUUACAGCAGCCAAGAAGCCAAUCGUGUCUUGAAGAUUCAAAAGCGGGCAAAUUCUUUCUUGGAAGAAUUAAAGGCAGGUUCCUUGGAAAGAGAAUGUAUGGAAGAACAGUGUGAUUUUGAAGAAGCUAGUGAAAUAUUUGAAACCAUGGAAAAAACUCUCAGUUUCUGGUCAAAAUAUGUUGAUGGAGAUAUGUGUGAUUCCAGCCCAUGUUUCAAUGGACUCUGUCAGGAUGGCAUUGGGCGAUUUGACUGCAUAUGUAACAAAGGCUGGGAGGGACGAUUGUGCCAAAAUGAGGUCAUCUACACUAACUGCUCCUUUGCCAAUGGUGGCUGUGAACAUUUCUGCCAUGAGAGUGAAAGGAACAAUGACCAAUACCGUUACUGCAGCUGUGCUUUGGACUACCACCUGAUGGAUAAUCAUACUUCUUGUGCACCUUCAGUGGAGUAUUCCUGUGGGAGAGUGGUAGAAUCCAAAUUAAAGGUUGCAAAAAUAAUUGGGGGUAAUCCUGGAAAAAGAGGAGACAGUCCUUGGCAAGUUAUGCUGGGCAAUAGUGCAGGUGAAUUUAAAUGUGGUGGUGUUCUCAUUCAUCCUGCUUGGGUAUUGACAGCUGCACAUUGUGUGUUUCGAGAACCAAGAAUCAAACUGACCUUAGGUAAAUACCACCGACGGCGUAUAGAUGAAAGUGAGAUAACUAUUAUUGCUGACAAGAUAUUCUCUCAUGAAAAUUACUCUUCAGUCACCUAUGAUAAUGACAUUGCAAUACUACAUCUAUCCCACCCAGUUGUCGUCAAUAAGUAUAUUAUACCCAUUUGCCUGCCUACCCAAAACCUGGCAAAUCAACAGUUGAUGACCGAAGGGAUUCAAACAAUAGUAACAGGCUGGGGAAGCCAGAGUGCGAAUCAUAAGAAGAAUUUCUCCUCUGUUCUCAAUUUUAUUGAAAUCCCUGUAGCAUCACGGAAUGACUGUGUCCAUUCUAUGUGGAAUUCUCUAACAGAUAACAUGUUCUGUGCAGGGAUACCAGGAGAUAUACGGGAUUCUUGUCAUGGAGACAGUGGUGGUCCUAUGGUUGUAAAAUUCAAGAACACCUGGUUCCUACUUGGACUAGUGAGUUGGGGAGAAGGCUGUGGGGAUCCUAAUAAUUUUGGAAUCUACACUAAGAUCAGUUCAUAUCUUGAUUGGAUCAUCCAGAAAAUGAAAUCAGUGACUGUCUCCAAAUCAGUAUAUUCUACUAUUCACUUUGGAUAUACAAUGGCUAGAAUUUCCUUGGGGCCAACCUUGAUUUUCUUAAUCUGCUGCUUCAUCAUCUUUUCACAUUCGUUAUCAGUAUUUGUGAAAAAAGAGAAGGCAAACCAGGUUCUGAGGAUUCAGAAACGUGCUAACACUUUCUUGGAGGAAAUUCUCCCAGGAAAUUUGGAGAGAGAAUGCAGAGAGGAACAGUGUUCAUUUGAGGAGGCAAAAGAGAUUUUCAAAUCAAAGGAGAAAACGAUGGAGUUUUGGUUUGAUUACAAAGAUUCCGACCCCUGUAAAGAAAAUACAUGUAAAAAUGGUGGAAUAUGUAAGGUCAAACACUACACAUAUUCCUGUACAUGUCCCCCGAGGUAUGGAGGAAAUCAGUGUGAAAUAGAGAAAUUUGAAUGCUGGUACAAAAAUGGAGAGUGUUGGCAAUAUUGUCAAGAUACCGAACAUUCAGUUCAUGUGAUCUGCUCCUGUGAAACAGGAUAUACACUAAAUGAAGACGGGAAGAGUUGCACCCCCUCAGAUCGCUUUCCUUGUGGGCUGAUUAAGCGAUCCACACGUUCUUAUGAAGGAGGAACAAUCACACAAAGUGAAAUGAAUGCUCAUGAGAACAUGACCAACUGGAAUCAGACAUUAAGUUGGGCUUCCUCAGGAUGGUUGAAUCUCACAGCAGAAACUGAAGAUGACAUAGAAAAACUGAAAGGAAAUUUCACAGAGGAGGAUUUACUCAAAUGGCCAAAUAUUAACUACACAGAUAAGGAAGACCCUAGAAUAAUUGGGGGAUCUUUCUGCCGCCCAGGAGCAUGUCCUUGGCAGGUACUGAUUCAAAAUAAUAGAGGUUACGGUUUUUGUGGGGGCAGCUUGAUCAGUAGCCAGUGGGUACUUACCGCAGCACACUGUUUCGAUGCCAUUACUCCCCAUCAAGUGACAGUGGGAGACUUUGACAAACAUCAGCGAGAACGAGAUGAACAAAAAGUGAGCGUACAGCACUACUGGAGACAUCCUCAGUAUAACUCACAGAACUACAACAAUGACAUUGCUUUGGUCCAAUUGACUAGCGAUGUGAUUUUUACCCAGAAUGUACUUACUAUUUGCCUUCCUCGUCCUAACCUAGCUACCUUGCUGAUUGAAGACGUAGCCCAUGGAAUAGUUAGCGGAUGGGGUGCAACUCAUGCUAAGGGUAGGUUAACUCGCUUUCUCAUGAAAGUUAGGUUGCCCAUUGUGAGCAUGGAGACCUGUCGGCAGUCCACCAAGAAGCUCAUUACGGACAAUAUGUUUUGUGCUGGCUAUGAUAACGAAGGGCAGGAUGCUUGCAAAGGAGAUAGCGGUGGGCCUUUUGCUGUGUCUUUUCACAAUACCUGGUAUCUCUUGGGGAUUGUCAGUUGGGGGGAAGGUUGUGCUGAAGUGGGAAAAUACGGAGCUUAUACUCUCGUACCCAAUUACAUUUCAUGGAUAAAGGAAGUAAUCGAAACUAAUUCUUGAAGGUUUUUUGCAUAAUCUGCAGUGAAGGCCAAUCUGUAUAAAAUAUUUUUUUGUGUGUGUUUGGUAAUAUUUAACAACUUGAAUAGCCAGGUCACAUUGCAAGUUUGUUUCCUAUACCUGUUCUUAACUAAGUGAUUAAGUUGCCCUUUUCUUUGUACAGAAACAGAAUUGUUCUAUAAAUCUAUAUCAGCAUCUAAUUAAGAUUUAAGCAUAAGCAACUGGAUAGGUAGAAAUACUACCUCAGUCCCUCCCUCCCAAAGUGAUUUUUAACCCUUGUAAAGGACUUCAAACAUACUAACAAAAAUAGCAUCACAAUGUCAUGACACAAGUUGUUUCUUUCAUAUGUUUGAACAAGAUCAGGAUAUGCGUUAAAAAGGGUGGGACUUGCAAGGUGAUACUACUACUCUGCUUUCAUCAUUCUGAUCCUACCUUGAAAUCUUUCCUCCUACCCCCACCUCCACAAAUGCCAUGGGGUUGUGUGAUCCUGCAGAGUGCAGUAGGCUAUGGUGGAAAAGGAAGAAACAAACAUUCAAUUUGUGUUUAUACAAACAUGCAUAAUUUGAUGACUGACCAGAUUGACAAACCAUUGUUAUGGAUUCACAAAAUACAUUUGAACUCUAAGAUGACCAAAGAUGAAAAACCUGUAGCUGCACAACUUGUCAUGUUUGGUUACUGUUACUUUUGAAUAGCUUUUUGUGUUGGCCAAAUAAGACUCCACAAAAGCAUAAAGCUGCAGGUUUUUAAUUGAUCUGGUUAGUUGUUUCUCAUUAUUUUCAGAAUGGUGGAUGCAGGAGCUGCUUCUGUCAAUCCAUUCCAUGCAUCUAAAUAAUGAUCUAAGUCAAUGAUUGCAACAGUCCAAAGAGGAAAAUGGAAUAUAAGCAGUCAGUGAAACUGAAUUAAACAACAAAACUUUAAAAUAUAUGAAUAUGGUAGAAUUGCUUUUGAAAGUAAGAAUUGCAAUGUUUAGCUAAGCACACUACCCUAUUUGAGGUCUCCAUCUCCAUCCCCAGAUUGUGUUGGCAAUUUUGGUUCCAGAACAUGAUCAUUUAGCAGUACAGAUUGGUGGACAGGUUUGUUUCCAGAACAUGGAAACUAAAUUUAUAGAUAUUCAGUAGUUUUUAAACACUUAUAUAUAGCCUUGGGCUGCCUCCUAAAGAUUAUACAAGGUAUAGGCUUCAGAUUCUGAAUUGUGCAAUGCAUGUUAUCUGAAACAGAGAAUGCAACCCAGUGUUUCCUACUAGGAACAUUUAUAACAGGAAUGCCAAAGCUCUUGAAACCUCUCCCGAAGAGGUAAAAUGUAUACAUAAGGAAUAUUCUCCCACCCACCUCCCGAUGCCCACGAUUAUAGUUCUUCCCCACUCAGUUGUUCUCUGAUGAAUCGUAUUUGGAGACAUAUUGAAUGGGGAGGGAGUUACAGGCACAGAACUGAAUUAUCCUUGAAUGUUGUGUUGUGACUUGCAUUCCAUAGUGGGUAGGGCCAAGUGAAAGAAAAGAUUAGACAAUUUGAUUUCAUUCCAUUAAUUAAAUUUAAUGAAUUAUUUAAUAAAUAAAAUAUGGUUCAAAUAUUACUUUUGAAGCAGUCUGCAUAAAGAUAUGCAUUUAUACCUCAUAGUUGUAAGAGUGUCAGUACUGUAUCUUGUAGCGAGAGGUCAGAACAGUAGUGCCAACAACAAACCACAAGGAUGGCUAGAAUGACAGGUGCUUGAUGACAUUACAGACUGGCAUUUUGGCAUCGGAUGUGCCCCCGUCAUGCCAUUUGCAUGAUGCCAUUGUCAGGCAGAUUUUGCCUCUUGCUCCCACACGCCCCAAACUCAUAACCUACCUGUACUUUGGGAACUCAGCCCAAGCUAAUCUAUUGCAUGUAUCUGAACUACAAGAAAAAGCUCUUCUUCAAAUAUGAAAAACAGGCCCAUAGAACAUCCUCUUUUACAUGAUUUAAGCAAAGGGCGAGGGGAAAGAUGUCAAGAAAGGAAUGUUUCACAUCUUCAAAUCAUAUUCCCAAAUAUAGCCAGGACUGAAUCAGAAUUAGUCAUGGCAUGUAAACAAAAAUAAAACUUUUGAGCAUUUUUACAAAUGAACAGAUGUAACCCUAAGCCAUCAAAUAGCAAAACAAAUUGCAGGAAUUUCAACGAAUCCACGUAUUCCUAUUGUGAUCCUAAGUGUAUUAAUGACUCCAGAUAAAUAGUUUUAAUAAUCAGCAUCAGGCCAUUGGAAAAGGCAGCUUUGUUUGGAACAGUUUACAUCCUGUAACAAGAUCUCUAACCCCUUCAAGUAUUAAUAGUUGUCAAUCAUCCCAGAAAAGAAUCUGAUGGAUAAAAUCCAGUCUGAACAUCUGGCUGACUCUGUAGUAGGAAGUGGAAUUUCAUUACUUCCAACUAUUGUUUCUUAAAUGCAUUCAUUCUGUGAUAAGCAUUAAAAUAAAUGACAAUGCAUUUACAGAAGAGAUGAAAUAGAUUAUAAGGUUCAGAAGAUUCUUAAACCCCAUGACAUAAGCAUAUUUAUACCUCAUAGUUGUAAGAGUUGUAAUACGUUGGUUCCGUCCCAGGCGCCUGAUGGACCCGGAGAGGUUCUUGACGGAGCCUGGGCCGUUUCCUGAGGACCUUGCCCACGGCACGACUGAAGAACUGGUUGCGGCCUGGGAACGGGCCGCGGCUGGGGCUUUGGACCGUGUCGUGCCUUUGCGGCCUCUGACCCGGCGUAGAUCUCAUUUGGCUCCCUGGUUUUCCGAGGAGCUGAGAGAGAUGAAACGCCAGAGAAGACGCCUAGAGAGCACUUGGAGGUCCAGCCGUUCCGAAGCUGAUCGGACACUAGUGAGGUCUUUUACUAAGACCUACCUAGUCGCAUUGAGGGAGGCGAAACGUUCUUACGUUUCCACUCUCAUUGCAUCGGCAGAUAACCGCCCGGCCGCCCUGUUUCGGGUAACCCGUUCCCUCCUUCAUCAGGAGGGACGGGAUGACCCUUUACAGGGACGAGCUGAGGAGUUUAACGGUUAUCUAUACGAUAAAAUCGUUCAGCUUCGGGAUAGCUUGACCAAGAUUGUGAUGAUCCGACCGAGAUGACUGAGACACGUCUUGUUGAGGUUAUUUGGGAUGAGUUUGAUUCUGUGGCUCCCGAGGACGUGGACAGGUUGCUGGGGAGGUUACUGGACCCGUGUUCUUCCUGGCUAGUGCUGGCUGCUCAGGAAGUGACACGAGGCUGGCUCCAGGGGAUUAUAAAUGCUGCUUUGGUGGAAGGGGUUUUCCCCGCCGCCUUGAAAGAGGCGGUGGUGAGACCUCUCCUUAAGAAGCCUUCCCUGGACCCAGCUAUUUUGGGGAAUUACCGUCCAAUCUCCAACCUUCGAUUUGUGGCGAAGGUUGUAGAGAGUGUGGUUGCAUGGCAGCUUCCCCGGCACCUGGAUGAAGCUGUCUAUCUAGACCCGUUCCAGUCCGGCUUCCGACCCGGUUAUAGCACGGAGACGGCUUUGGUCGCGUUGGUAGAUGACCUCUGGAGGGCCAGGGAUAGGGGUUGUUCCUCUGCCCUGGUCCUAUUAGAUCUCUCAGCGGCUUUUGAUACCAUCGACCAUGGUAUCCUGCUGCGCCGGUUGGAGGGAUUGGGAGUGGGAGGCACCGUUUAUCGGUGGUUCUCCUCCUAUCUCUCUGACCGGUCGCAGACGGUGUUGACGGGGGCAGAGGUCGUCCGCGAGGCGCCUCACUUGUGGGGUGCCUCAGGGGUCGAUUCUCUCGCCUAUCCUGUUCAACAUCUAUAUGAAGCCGCUGGGCGAGGUCAUCAGUGGUUUCGGGGUGAGUUAU